UUGGAUUCUCCACUGUUGCCGUGAACUAUGUGUUUGAACCAUCAACCAAGAAGAAACAGGAGGUUCCCUCCCCGGUGCCGAUCGGUGAUCUGAUGGGUCCGCUGCCUGCGGUGCAGGGUCGCUCUCGUCCAAUCAGAGUGCUCAACAGGUUGACGGUGGUGAUGUCAGACGCCAGUCACUUUCGGCCCAACGCUUCUGAGUAUCGGCGGUUCGACCUCCUCGCCGUCCAGCCGACCACAGAGAAACUCUUCCAUGCGGCCUGCAUGCUGUACGACGUCGACAUUAUCUGCAUCGCGGUGACGGAGAAACUUCCUUUCUUCUUCAAGAGAGCACCCAUCAACGGGGCCAUAGACAGAGGUGUGAUGUUUGAGAUUUCCUACGCCGCUGCCAUCAGAGACACCACCAUGAGGCGCUACACCAUCGCCAACGCCGUCUGUCUGAUGGAGAGUUGCAAAGCAAAGAACGUGAUCCUGUCGAGUGCAGCUGAGAGG